AGGAACCCGACCCUCUUCAACCGCUUGCUGUUCGGAGGAGCCGCUGGAGGCGCAGGGGUAGCACUGGUCACGUCGCUAGAUUGGGCCGCAGUGACCCGUGGGUCGCUUGGGUUGGCAGCGGUGUUGCUCCUGGCUGACAGGGCCCUGCCAGCCGACACGCGGCCCAGCCGUUGGCUUAGGAAUUACUUGGAAGCUCAGCUGUCCACACCACCACCUGACCCUGACGCCUCCGCCUCCGCCAACGUCACCACCAUUACCACCACCACCACCGCCUCCGCUGCCGCCGCCAGCAACCACCGUCCUCGUCGCACGGCACUCCUGCUACUGCUGCUGCGCGUCCUAGACCUGGCGGAGGCGCUCGGCGACUCUGUCGUACGGGCUGGCGUCGCCGCCACCUCUGCGGCGGGUAGCGCCGCCAAAGACGCCCUGGCAGCGGCCACCUCCGUCGCAUUCAACACCUCCAGCAGCGCCUCAGCCGCUUCCGCCUCCGCCGCUUCUCCCGGGACUGCUGCUACGACCGUCGCAGGGUCGUCCGCCAAGCUGGCCCAACUGCGAGCGCAGAAGAACUGGCUACAGCCGCCUCAGAAGCAGCAACUGCAGCAACAGCUGCAGCAGCAACGAGCGCAAAAGGCGGCAUCUCAGCAGAAGCCGGGUGACCCACGGGUCGUCGGCACGCAGGAGCUGAUCACUGCGCUUGCGGCGGCGAGCGCUCUUAGCGGGGCCAGUGUGCUGCCGGGGCUGCCUGCCGUACAGUUCCCCAAGGCAUCAGCGGGACAGAGGGCGCCGCCGCCGCAGCAGCAGCCUCCUUCGCCGCAACCGCAGCCGCAGCCUCCUCCAUUGUCGGCGCAGCUGGCGGAGGCGCCAUUGACUUCACAGUCGCAGCUGCGACCAAAGCAGGAGCAGCAGCAGCAGCAGCAGCGGGCAGGCGUGCGCCCUGCCAGUCAGAAGGAGGAGGCUCUGGCGUAUAAAGAAAAGGAGCAGGAAGUGCAGAAGCAGCAGCAAGCGGUCCGGAGACUAGUGGCCGCCUUAGGAGAAAAGGACCUGCAGCAGCAGCAACAGCAGCAGCAGCAGCGGCAGGAAGGUGGGUUGCAGAUGGCAGCUUCGAAAGCGACGGCGGCAGCCGCAGCAGCCCCACUGCCGCCACCAGUACCGACACCACCAACACCAACACCAAAACCCCAGACCUCAGCAGGCUCCCGGCGUUCAGUGCUGGGGGCGCAAAGCCCCGAACCGCAGCUGACCACCGCUGUUUCCUCCGCCGCCGCGAGUAGUAGCAGCAACGGCAGCAGCGGCGGAGGCGACGGAGGCACCAAGACUAGUAGCCCUGAAGCCGACCCCACCACGAUCACCACGCCGGGCACCUCCCGCCGCCAGCGGGACUCCGACGACCGCCGUCAGCAGCAGCAGCAGCAGCAGCCGUUACGUCGCACAUUGUCGUCAGCGGAACGCGCCGCUGCACUGGCGGCGGAGCUCCGACGAUUGCGAGCGGAGGCGAGUGCGGCGACGACGACGUCAGUGACGUCAGCUGGCCCGGUGGUGACGAGGGUCGCUCGAAGUCCUUCGGAUUGGCGAGCUCGCGUCAUGAGGGAGGGAGGGGCCGGCGGCAGCCUUGCAGGCGGUGGGCUUGUUGCAGGCGGCACCAGCGGCAGCGGCGGUGGCAGGUCCGGGGCCAGCAGCAAGAAGGACGGAAGCAACGGCGACAACGGUGGCACUAGCGAUGGUGGCAGUAGCGGUAGCAGUCGCCGCCAGGUGGCGGUGAAUGCUGCGGCUGAGAGGGCUGCUAGGGCUGCUAGGGCAGCACGGCUGCGGGACUGGAGGGCUCUAGAAGUUUGAGGCUCGGGCUUGAAGCCACAUACAAGGACUUUGGGGUGUGGGGUGUGGACAGCAAUGCCAGCCCUGCUUGGUGGCUGCUGGGAUGGAGUGCAGGGAUGGCGGCCCCUUGUUUGGGCGGGGGCUUUCUCCACAACGGUUAAUUGUUGCUAUUCGCUUAAUUGGGCUAACUUGCUGGGGCAUGGGACACGGCCCAGCCUAGCCCAGCCAAAGGCGUUGCCGGGC